GAGAGGAAGUAGGACUGAGCAGAGAGCCAAGGGGAGAGAAAUACAAAAGCAGCCUCGGCUCUAGCCGGAGUGGCAAGCGUUAAAGGGAGGCGGGGAGUGACGCGGUUUGCGUCUAGAGCGGCUCCUUGGAGUCCACGGCAUCCACCGCCAGAGCCUCGCCUUCCUUUCUCCGUCUGCAGACAUAUCGAGACACAAAAAGAGGCAACCCCUGGAUCAGUGCGAGGGACCUAUUCCCAUCAUGACGGAGACCACAAAGACCCACGUUAUCCUGCUGGCCUGCGGCAGCUUCAACCCCAUCACUAAAGGGCACAUUCAGAUGUUCGAAAGAGCCAGGGAUUAUCUGCACAAGACUGGAAGAUUUAUUGUGAUUGGUGGUAUUGUCUCUCCGGUCCACGACUCCUAUGGAAAACAGGGCCUUGUGUCGAGUCGGCACCGUCUCAUCAUGUGCCAGCUAGCUGUCCAGAAUUCUGACUGGAUCAGGGUGGACCCAUGGGAGUGCUACCAGGACACCUGGCAGACGACCUGCAGUGUGUUGGAGCACCAUCGAGACCUGAUGAAGAGGGUGACCGGCUGCAUCCUGUCCAACGUCAACACACCUUCCAUGACACCUGUGAUUGGACAACCACAACAUGAGAACACCCAGCCCAUUUACCAGAACAACAAUGUGCCCACCAAGCCUACUGCAGCCAAGAUCUUAGGAAAGGUGGGAGAAAGCCUGAGCCGGAUCUGCUGUGUCCGUCCACCGGUGGAGCGCUUCACUUUUGUAGAUGAGAACGCCAACCUGGGCACAGUGAUGCGGUAUGAGGAGAUCGAGCUACGCAUCUUGCUGCUGUGUGGUAGUGACCUGCUGGAGUCCUUCUGCAUCCCAGGACUCUGGAAUGAGGCAGAUAUGGAAGUGAUCGUUGGAGACUUUGGGAUCGUGGUGGUUCCCCGGGAUGCAGCAGACACAGACCGAAUCAUGAAUCACUCCUCCAUACUCCGCAAAUACAAAAACAACAUCAUGGUAGUGAAGGAUGACAUCAACCAUCCUAUGUCUGUAGUCAGCUCCACCAAGAGCAGGCUGGCCCUGCAGCAUGGGGACGGCCAUGUCGUGGAUUACCUGUCCCAGCCAGUCAUCGACUACAUCCUCAAAAGUCAGCUGUACAUCAACGCCUCGGGCUAGCGGAUACCCAGCUCUCUGCUCUACUCUCCCCUUGUCCUCUGCCAACACACUGGACCCCUUCAGUCACUGUCAGAUCCCGGUUUCUCUCCUGCCUCUCUGUUUCUCUGUCUUCAUCUUGACUGUUCUCCCCACUGGCUGACUUAACCCCCACAGUGUGGAGGGCCUGUGAAGAACAGUGGUGUACCCCAUUCCACAGUCAUCUUUGGACAAAGUUUCCUCUAGUCUCCGGGUUGGGGGUGGGUAAGGGAACAGGGUGGGAGUUGGGGAAAGUGCAGCCCUUGGAGAUGUUCUGGUGUCCGUAUCCCAGCAUGCUCUAGAGAGGCGGCUCUGGAGCCCAUCCUCCCAGCAUGCUCUGGGGACGUGGCUCAGGCCCUCGCCUUCCCAGCAUGCCCUUUACCACAAAGGGCUAUUUUUCUUUUCUUUUUCUUUGUCCACUUCUUGUAGAACUUGGAUGAAAUCAGUGUGUGUGUGAGUGUGUUUGUUUGUAGUCUUGAUGCUCUUCUGUGGUUUACUUCCCUUCUGAUAGGACACUAUAGCCAGUCUCAGCACUUGUAAGUGCAUGAGGACCACAUCCAGGAAAGAAAGCAGAGCCUCUCUGCCUUCCUAGCACACACACACACACACACACACACACACACACACACACACCACACCACACCAGCAGCAGCAUCCCCAGACCCCUUUGGUCAAGAAUAAGACUUUCAGGUUCUGAAACCUGGUACACAAGUCUGGGAAGAGUAGGGUUUCUCAGAAUUUGAGUCCCUGGUUUCAGAUGAUCGUGAUCUUGAUGCUGUGUGUCCGACUGGUAGCAUUGUGUGGGUUCCCUGUCAACCAGGCAUUUCCAGAGAGCAAAAGCCCUUGGAGGCCAUGGUAAGGCGUGUUCCUGCUGGUGAGAGGAAUCACACAAGCAAGACCAAGUCCUGAUAAUCCAUUCUCUUUUUAUCUUUUUGAAAACAUGCUAAGAAUCCACUUGACCAAAAAGACUUUGCUUUGCUAAUUGGCAUCAUUUGUUGCCCGUUUAGCUAGGGGCUGGAAGUCCAGGAUGAUCUGGGAGAAUGCAGUUUGUUACCCUGAGGAGAAUUCAUGAUCCCUACCCACUCCACCUGAGGUUGCCAAGCUGCGCUCAAAGCCCUUUCCUUCUUUGCAAAGCAAUCAGCCUUGUUUCUGACCUGGCCCUAUCUGUCGCCUGCAGAGCCCAGCAGUCAACGCCCUAGGAGGUCUGCCUGACAUGACACAAGAGAUGUUUCUCCCUUUCUCCCCAUUUUUCUUCAAUGUCCUCCCCUUCUCUCUACCUCUGAAGACAGUUCAAGACUGGACAGGACACUCAUGUCCUGCCUGGAGAGCUUGUAGGAAAUGACUUUUGUGUUUUGUGUUUUCCUUUCAGCCUCUGACUCUUGGGUUUCUGGUGGCUCAUGGGGAAUAGCUCCUUAGUAUCAGGCUACAAUUAAUUUCUAACAUGAAUGUGGCCUGAUGGGACUAAAUCAGGGAGGAUGCUCUUUGCCUUGUCUUUCUCUCUGACCUCCUCCGCUGACUUCAGGAGGAAGAAACUAGGUCAACAGAAGUGCAUAGGGCAUCUCCCAGAGAUGUGGCUUUUCUUUAGACUGUAGAAGUGAUCUCCAGAGGGAGGAGAUGAUUUCUAUAAUUGAGAGGUCCAGUGUUUGGCUAAAAGUCAUGGAAAAAAUAGCGAAAACCUACAGGAAACAUUCGCUCCCAGGUUCUUCUCUGAAAACAAGGGAGCAGAGACCUGGGGAGUCAGUGUCUGGUCCAAGAUUACUCAGUGCAUCCUGGGGAGCACGGUGAGCAGAGACCCGGGGAGUCAGUGUCUGGUCCAAGAUCACUCAGUGCGUCCUGGGGAGCACGGUGAGAGGAUAUUGUUUUCCUAGACAAAAGAAAACCAGGAGCUGGACUGCCUGGGGGGAAAUAUAGGGUUCUGAAGGCUCUGGAGCUGACAUGGGUCUACAAGAGCAGACCCCAGAAAGGCUACUUUCAUUUUGUUCCUUUGGUUCACUGUGUUUCUCUUCUGAACUCUAGUUGAGCUUCAUUCAGUCCACAGCCUGGGAUAAGGAACCAGGCUAGUCCAGCAGCCUCAGAGGGCAACAGGCAGCUCAGAACAGGGAAGGAAGGGGAGGUGAGCUAAGAAAAGAAUCCCUCAGAAGUGCAUUUCUGGGAAGCGGGUGGGCAGAUUAUAUCUUAAGGUGUGUUAAAGUUAAGGUGUAUUAAAAUGGUUUUCCUUUAACAAACAGAAAUGAGUCCCCAUCUGGGUAGAAUUGUCCAUUCACUUCUCUGUCUCUUUCUCCUUUUGUUGGAUCAGGGUAGGGGACCCUGCACCCUGCACCCCCCACCACCACCACCACCCCUCUAAUAGGAGCACUGUGUGACUGUGACCUGCCCUGGCCAACACCAGAAAGACAGUUUGUAAGUGGUGCGUCAGAUGUCAUUAGGGUGACCUUUGGGUUUGUCUUUGGGGACCCAUUGUGAAAGCUAGCUUAUUACUGGCAUGGCACAGAGAUGGUAAUAAAGACACAGACUGGAAUGAUGCAGUCAUUUAUUGCUGCCAGAAAAAAAAAAGUCCCUGCCAUUUUUUUUUUUUUAAAGUGGCUGAUAGAACAUUCAGGAAGGAAACUUUAAUAACUGUCUCCUUAAGGAAUGAGGCUGGGCCUCCCCUGGAUGACUAGUCUGAGCCACACACUCCCAAUCCCAGGUUGCCUCUGGGCCCCUGGCUUUCACUUUCCUUGAACGUACAUUGGACCAGCAAAGGAAGUCUCUUACUGAAGUGCCUGAAGUCACAGCUGAAGUUUUAGAGACACUGGCCUUUCUAUUUUGGCUUGGCUGCAUGUUCUAGUCUCCAGUUUCAGGAUCUCUGAAAGAAUUCACAAACACUCUAUUCAAAGAAGUAGGAAGUAAAACUUGAUAAUCAAACUGUAUCAAAAGCCAGAGGAUUACAGGGAGCCCACCCCUACCCCGAUGUUCUCAUGCAUUCUUGUAGGGGACUAAGAGAAGAAUGUCCAUGUAUUUUUGUUUCUAUUUUUAAAAGUAAUGCAACGCAAGGUGUGGUGGCACAUACCUGUGAUCCCAGCACUGAGAGGUAGAGGCAGGAGGAACAGGGGUUCAAGCCCAGCCUCUGGGCUCAUAAGACCUUGUCUCAAAACAAAAACAGCAAUGCAAAACCAGAAUGGGAAAAGCUCAGGACCUCUCCCUGUGUUACAGUAGGAGGGGUAUGAAGAAUGGAGAUGGGAUGAUUUUAUAGCUCAUGUAAGUAAGACACCUUGGAGAUAGCCUGUGCUAAUAAGGACGAGUGUGUUCUGCCACGCUGAUCCAACCUGUACUGUCUUGUGAGUUGACUGGUGAAUUCCACUCCUUAUGUGGUUUCUGUGUAGUGUGCGUUUGGAAGUGUCCUAGUAGCCUGUUCCAGUUAGUUAGACUGACCUGUGGCCCUUUCCCACCACCUUCUAUGGAGUCCCAGCGCGCACAGCUCAUCUUGAUCUUCAUGGGGUUGGAAUGGGGAGGAGGAAGGUUUUUGUUUUUGUUUUUGUUUUUGUUUUGUAUCAUAUCUGCUAAUUUAAGAGUGAGAUUUACUUUAUGCAAGUCAACUCAAUAAAAACUGCAUUGGAGUUGCAAUACCAUUUCACAGUGAAAUAUUUUUGAGUAGAGUUUUGUUGCUAGGAUAGUUGUGGGCAAGAGUUUUAUCUGCAAAAUGUUUCAAUUAUGUUAAUAAAUCAGACAAUGCUACUAGA